GACGUCUCAAAUUGUCCGUCUUCCUCCAGCUGCUGAGAACCGCAUUUUGCCAGGGCGAUUCCACUUGUGUUCACUCUGCGCCAACUAACCCAUCAAGAGUUACUUGUAUGCAGUCUAUUCGCUGUUGCGAUGCGCCUCUUUCUCAUCCCGAUCUCGACGCGACGUGCUCUCGUAUACUCUCGACCCCUCGCGAAAGACCUGUCGAAGGAACUUUCCUUCAUUGAUAGGAUAUCGAACAAGGCUGCAGAAACGUGGGCGAAGUGGGAGGAAGCAGACCAAGGGUGGAAGAAGCAACUCGUCUCCUGGGGCAAUCGGGUUCAGCAGCGGAUUCCAUACGAAGAAUGGGCACUUAAAAGCAUCCCUUCCCUGGGCGCACAACGUCGUCUGCACAAGGGCCAUGACGAACAGACAGUCGACGUGCUAUUCCCAGGGAAUGUAAUCGAAACAGACAAGGUCACUUCGAUAUUGCGACAACUCGCGACAGAGCGGCAGGACCUGGAUCGGAGGAGGAUGUGGUGGAGUAUCCUUGCCUGCCCAGUUACAGCUCCAAUUGGUUUAAUUCCUUUGGUGCCUAAUAUCCCCUUUUUCUAUCUAGCCUACCGAGGCUGGUCGCAUUGGCGAGCAUUGAACGGCUCGAAACAUCUAGAAUUUCUGGUCGAGAAAACUCUCCUGAAUCCCAAGCCGUUGCCAGAACUAGAGGCCUUGUACGCGAGCCGCGUGCCCCGAGUUCUAGAGAGCACAUCGCCUGACAAGCAGCCAUCCGAGAUGGUAGAAGAUGUGGGCAAGAGCGAGGACAGGCUGCUACUUGAGCUGGCGGACGCAAAGAAAUUGGCUACUAUUCUUGAAGCUCCUGAAUUGGUUGUAGAAGCCGAGCGCGCCAUUCUCCAAGUGGCGGAGCGGCAGGGAAUUCAUGGAAAAGUAACCCAGAACGCUAGGCAUACAGGCAGCACAGACAAGGCGUGAUAGGGCGUGUAAUUCUUUGCAGGCUCACGUCAGAAAACAAUGGUCUUGAUAAUGCCAAAGGUUCACCAGUUGGCAGAGAAGGCAUUCAGGCAGUUCACCCCCUGGGACUUCUACCAGAUGUGAUAGUAUGUGGCAAUGGUCGAUUACCUGGUAGUGACACAGAUGCAGUUAUUCUACUGUGAAAUCACUCUGACUGCUUAACUUGUUAAUCCAGGCCACAGAAAUAGAUCAAUGAAAUACGUUGUAGACA